AUGGCUAAUGCAUCACCAUCAGAACUUGUAUCUAUGAUCCGCUGCCUUGGUUUCCAGAAUCAACGUGCCCGAAAAUGCAUUGAUCUCGCCCGAACGUGGCAAACCCAACCACCUACCAAAGGGAAAAGAUAUCGCGAGCUACACUAUCCCCGAAAACUCGAUGGACGAGAUGUUGGACGUGACGAAUGUAUUGAUGAUGAAGAUAUGCGAGUUGCGUGGGAAGUUGCACAUUUGCCAGGGGUUGGGGCCUAUUCCCUGGACAGUUGGCGCAUCUUCUGCCGGGAUGAGUUGCGGAAGGUGGCUACGAAUUGGCAAGGGACCGGGGCAACGACUGUCGGGUUUGUGCCCGAGUGGAAGUCUGUGCUGCCGCAGGAUAAGGAGCUCCGGGCAUACCUGACGUGGCUUUGGCUCAAGGAAGGCUGGGUUUGGGAUCACCAUACAGGGGACCUGGAACCAGCUAGUGACAAGACACGUCGAGCAGCUGUGACUGGUGGCGUGGCUCAUGAGGAAGAUGGGAACUGGGUGUUGGAAACGUCCCCGGUCAAGAAGGCGGCCAACGGAUUACAUGCCGAGGACCAGGAGAGCCCUGGAAGGGGCAGAUGA